AUGGAGGGUGGGGGAGGGAGCGGAAUCGGUGGACGUCGACGCCCGUGCCUGCCAACCAUCCCCGCCCGCCCCCAGGCCCCAGCGCACGCGAGCCCGCCCGCCUCUCGCCGCCGCUCCACGCGACCCGGGCCCGCGCUCGCCGCCGCUCCAAUGCCCGCCCAGAAUCGCCCGUCCGUGCCCUCCCCCUCCGCGGCCGCUGGCGCCGGCUCGCCCCCUCCCGCGUCCUCCCCGCCGCCGCCCGCGGCCGAGUCUGCGGAGAAGAAGCCUAAGCGGGAGGAGAACGGCGCCGAGGCCAACGGAAACGCCAACGGUGAGCGUGCGGUGGUCACAGAUUCCGGCGCGAAGGCGGCGGCGGCGGCGUCGGAGGCGUCGGAGUCGGAGGACGCGGACGCCGUGAACCAGGGGCACCCACGGGCAGCUCGCGGGGCGGCGGCGGCGGCCCACGGUGGCCCGAGCAGGGAAGCUCACGGGGCGGCGGGCGGGAGGCCGGGCCGGGGCGGGCGGACGCCAUGGCGGGAGGAGGAGACCGGGGUGGAGACUUCGGCAGGGGCCGCGCAGCCCGGCCGGCGGCGGGGGCCCGGUCACAGGCCGUCGGGGGCCGCGCAGCGUGUGCUGCUCUCUGACGCCGAACAGCAUCUGCUCUCGCGCCAGCUGGUGUAUCCGCGGAGCCAGGCCGCUUCAGUCAUCCAAUGA